AGCAUGACCUUGUUUUUAUCAAUGGUUAACUAGGUCACUAGUCAUUGAUAUCCGGUUUCAGAACUCUGAGUUAUGAACAGGUACGGUCGAUCUCCACCAAGAAUCGAUGGGAUGGUAUCGUUGAAAGUUGAUAACUUGGCAUACAGAACAACUAUUGAUGACUUGCGAAGAGUUUUUAGCCGAUUCGGCGAAGUUGGUGAUAUCUACAUACCUAGAGAUCCCUAUACUUUCGAGAGUCGAGGGUUUGCUUUCGUUCGAUACUGCACUGACCGCGAGGCUGACUGUGCCAUACGCGGUAUGGAUGGCCAUAAGGUAGAUGGGAGAGAAGUCAGAGUCCAAAGAGCAAAAUAUGGUCGACCAACUCCAAACCGUCGAAGACGAUCGGUUACUCCGCGACGUAAUGGACGGCGUUCUCGUUCUUUCUCGUCUGGUCGUGACAGGCGGUCACCACGUAGAAUGAACGAUCGAUAUCGUCUUCCUUCUUCUCCCCGACAUUAUAGUCGGUCGUUAUCAAGAGAACGACGUUGACUGCUGACGCUUAUUUAACUUGUUCAUUGUUUUUAUUGGUUUAUACAUAUAUAUCAUGAAUCUAUCAUCUAACUAAGCCUUUUGCUUUUCUUAUCAGCUAAUAUCCUGCCGAUAUGGAUUGCCUGUAUGCUAUGCUGAUACAUGGGAGAUUGCUGUUGUUCGCAGUGUCAGGCGAGACAGUUUUGAUCAGUUAGCUGUUUGCAGAUUUUUAACUCGGAGUUUAGCUGUUAAUCUGGAAACAUAGUUGUGCUGGUGUGCAGUUAAAUCUUUCCGGCAAAGCGGCUGUCUGAUGGUGAGACUAGCAGGUUUUGCUGUGGUGCUGUAGCUGUUCACACAUUGUGUUAUGGGGAUUAGUCGGUGUAGGUCUAAAGGUUGCUCUACAGAGUAACCAAGAUAGCCAAUUCUCAAAGCGUGAACAGAAUUUGCUUGCGGACAUUUGGCGUUGACAACCAAGGUUGUUCAUGCUGGUGGGUGUGUGAGCUGUGGGGGUGGUUACAUGACUGCAGCAGGAUUGCCGAAAAGUGGUGGUUCUAACCCCGUUCUUCGGGCCUAGAUUCUGGUUAUCCUGAUGCGUACGGUAAGCCACUGGAGUAAUUGAUAAAACAUUUUCCAAAAUAUAUAACAGAUAACCGUAUUAUGAAGUGUCCGAAGAAUUUGCGCCUUCGGUAAGGCAUUUCACGUCUGCCUUCUAUUGUGCGUUGGGUAUGUAACGUAUUGUAUUGUAUCGUAUUAGUCGUCGUGAUUCCAAUGCAAUGUUUUGACAAUGCGCUGAACAUGGUCGUUUCAGUGUUGUAAGUAUAUAUCAACCGAUAAGUUGCGGGCUCUAACCCCACCUCACCUACCUCGGUUUGGGGAAUUCGGUUAGUAUCAUUAGCUUUCAUAUAAACAGUGCGACUCAAAGUCGAGUUUAUAAGCCUGUGCUUAAUAAAUGGUUUACACUACAUACUUCAUAUGCUUAGUUUAAGGAGGUCUUCGUGUGUUUGAUGGCUUAUCCAGCAGCCUGAUAGUAUGCUUUAUGUAUUUAAAUGUUGAUGCUCAUUAGUUUCUUAGUCUAAAUUUAACGGAAUUUUAUGCGAACUGGCUUGAACAUCGAUAAAGACGGUGGGAUAUAUCUAUUUUGGAAGUGUGUAAAUGCUAUAUUCCAUCGAAUAAAGAUCAGACUGGAGUUUGUGUACGAGGACAGUUUGUUGUAGGUCACCAACAAAGAACAGGUGCUUAGCACAGUGUUUCUUGACUGAUGUGUCAGUUUCAAGUUCGGGUGUUGACUGUGAGGUGAUCUCUUCAGGAUAAAUUGUCAAAUGGGUUUCCAGCACUGAACGUAACGAAGUAUAAUAGAUAUAUACAGAUUGCAUGUAUAAAUGUCGAGACAAGUCAGUGAUCACAAUGGUGCAUUGGGUAGGGUCUAUUGUGUUGGGAUAAAUUGGUUGUUUCGACGAUACACAUCGGUAUUAAGUGUCGAUUGGAAAGAUAGAUGGUGUCUAGAAGGUUUACUUUUGUUCAUCUUUUAUUUGUCGUCAAUGUUUCUAUUACGCAGUUGCAGCACCAGUCGCCUACGUAUGAAGUAGUAUACUGCGCAAAAUUGUUUCCCGGCUACUAGGGUUUCCAUUGUUUGUGUUCUAUGUGAUAUCUUUGGUUUGGUAAGUGUAAGCUUGACUCACGUAGCCGGAUUGUGUAGUCGUGUACUGGUUGCGAACAGUUUUGUUAGAUUUAGAAAUGUGGUUAGAAUUCAUCUCGCAUUCUAUUAGAGCCUGACUCUGGUCGGGUGUCAGAAGGAUGCUACAUUAAACGGAGGGUAUUUGUGGAGGCGAUUUUGCUUCCUGAAUAGCUCCUACAUUGUUUGUUCCCUAUAGGGUGUUGUGUGGAGUGUGUGUAUGAUUCUAGUUUCGGUCAGUGCUAGAUUAAAAUAAACAAUAGUCAUUGACGUUUCCCAUCCUAGAGUUUUUGCAGUAGCAUGUACUUAUGUUUAUUACGAGUCUCUGUAAACCUGGUUGGAGAUUGGUAUUGCAUUUUCAUAGUACCAGGACAUUGUUCUGGUCUCCCAAAAUGCUAUAUUGAAGUAGACGGUCGCUAAUGGUAUUCACGUGCCUCUAGUACCGUUUCUACAAUUGUUUCCCAUACAAAUUGAUUUGAUUGAUUGGGGAUUGUUCUUCUGAGUUCAAUCAGUUUAUGGGAUUUACUCACCCUAAAUUGUGCAGAGUGUGAUUCGAUAAUGUUGCUUGCAUAUGAGUGCCAGUUGUUACAAUGACAUGGAAGUGGGGUGUGACUGACUGCUGCAAUGUUAAGUGUAUUGCGCCUAAAGUGUAAUGAGGUGUCUAUGGUGUUAUAUGUGAUCUGAUUGGGCGUUUGCCUGUCAAAUGUUGCUGAACAAAUUGGUGUUUGAUAGCCGCAAGUGAUGUGGACGAUGUCUAAUAUUGUUUAGUUUAGCAUUGAGUGGUUCUAUCUAACCCGGUGUUAUUCUAUGGGGAUGUGCUCAGGUCGAUUGUAGUUAGGUGUGGUCAUUAGUGUAGUCACCGAUAGGGUUAGGUGGAUAAUGAAUAUGUCAGACGGUUUGUGUAUAUGAACCGAAGUGCUGUUAGAUUAAUGAAGGCAGGUAUGUAUGUGUUUAAAAUUUUGUUUUUGAUUGUGCUGCAAGAGAAGUGUUAGAUUUUCGCAAGAAUUAGCAUUGUGCGUUCAUGUGUUUCACGUUGAUCAGGAAUUGUUUUGUUGGUGUAUAAGUCGGCGAAUUCGACACGAGAUCGUGAAUAGAAGGAGGGAGUGGGGAAAAUUAUGUGUUUGUCCUACCGACUGUUAGUUUGAGUGAUGGUGUCAACCACUUGUAAGUAUCGUGCAGUUUUCACUCGGGUUCAAUGUAGUAGAGUGAUGUUAGUUGGUUGUAAGUUUCUACUGAGUCAUAUGGUCGUUCAUUUGUUGGGAAUUAACCUUCUUUCAUCCAAGUGGGUGUCUGUGCAGAUUUGAUUAUGUGUAUGUUGCUCGCAUUAUUUAUUUGUAACACGUAACGUGUUUGGUACAAUUGAGUGCUAGGAAACGCACCAGAUGAUACGAAGUGAAGAUAGGUGUUCAAAGAGACAAAAUGGCUGGGGAAGUCCUGUAGUCACGACGAGAAUGAGGACUUUAAGAGAUACAGUUCAAGUUUCGGAGGAACGUCAAAUAGGACUACCGAAUAAUCACCACCGGUUUUUCUUCUGAGUCAUAUUCAGUGACGUCUCACUGCACUGAGUUGUACGAUUGGUAGGAGGAGGACCGUCGUUGAGGAGUGAUGGUUGAAUUGCGUUGUGGCCGCGGUUGGGACUUAGUUAGGUUUUGAUGAUGUAUAGAGAAACUGCGCCGGUGUUUUUACAAUUGGUGAGAUAAUGAAAUAAUGUAUUGUUGUGUUUGUGUAGUAAACAGAGUUAACAGUUGGUGCCCCACAGUAUUGGUGGUGACAUGUUGUUUGUGCUCAGCUGAUGAAUUGAUAACUGGUUGUCAUGCAUUUUGUGUUUCAAGUGGGUAUCAUGCCUUUCGGAUUUGUGCAACGUGUUAUUCUUUUUAAGGGUACAAUUGUUAAAUGUUAGACUUCGAUUAAUGAGGCUGCUAUUUUUUUACGUCAAGACAGUUUGAUUGAGCAAUGAAUUUGUGAGCGGAUACCAUAUAAGUAGUAAUAGAAGAAGCAUGGUAAGCGGGCGUUGACGGGAAAGUGGGAAAAUACAGGAGAAGUUUUUAUUCAGUGGUGUGAAUGCAUGUGGCAUGAAAUCAUUUAUGGACUUUGGUCUGUUGAAUUUAUGUCCGCUUAACGAAGCGUCACGGAAGUGAUAUUGGAUUUCGCAGGAAUCUUCUGGUGGCUCUUGAGGGGAGCGCGUUAUAUCUCGUAAGAGUUGCCGUUGCGCGCCUGUGAGGAGGCGAAUCGAUGUGGAACUAUGAAGAAUGGCCAGUGUGUAGUGCUGUAACAGGAACUGGAGUAUACACGUAUAUGUAGUAGAACCAAAUGAUAAAGAUGUUUAGUGAAUGGCAUCUGACGAAGGCUGGUUAACAAGCCUAGUGCUUCAGUGAUGCCAAAAUGAACGUAGCAAUCACUGGCGGUGUGCAUCGCAUCCCGUUAAAAUUGCUUCUACAUAUUGAAACAUGAUUCUUCUUGUGCAUUCCGCUAGAGCCUGACUGUAGUCAGGUGUUUUAGGAAUGCUAUAUUGAAAGGAUUGAUUUGUUGGCAAAACUACUGUCUACUGUGAAUCUCUCCUACAAAGUUGCAGAUUCAGAUGUUAGAUUUUUGUGCAUUUUCAUAGUACCAGGAUAUCGUUCUGGUCUCCCAAAAAUGCUAUAUUGAAGUAGACGGUCGCUAAUGGUAUUCACGUGCCUCUAGUACCGUUUCUACAAUUGUUUUCCAUACAAAUUGAUUUGAUUAAUUAGGGAUUGUUCGUUUGGGUUUGACCAUGUGAUUGCCUGACAUUUGGACAGCCCAUAUAGAUGAGAUGACAAAUAGAAAGCGUUGUGGAUGAGAAGUAUACUAUUAGGAUUUAGCCUACUAUGAGUAACGAUUAUGUAGUAUUUGCGUGUUAUAUGCAAACCAAUCUUAUGUGGAUGCUUGUUAGUCUGUAUGAAGAAUUUCCCGACAGUGAAGUUUUUAUAUGUUUAGUGUACUGUGUGCAUUGAGUAUUGUGUUUUACUUGGUAAUAAGUGUAGGUAUAGCUAGUUAAUUAUUCUCUCUAUAUUCCAAUUUAUCUUGUUAUAUUUGUUCUACUUCUCUCUUUAAUUAUUGGUGUCCGCUUGCAUGCAUCAUUUAUCACUAUUUUUGUGUAACUGUAUUCUCGCAAAUGAGUUCACUUUUAACUUUUCAGACGAUCGGUUACUCCGCGACGUAAUGGACGGCGUUCUCGUUCUUUCUCGUCUGGUCGUGACAGGCGGUCACCACGUAGAAUGAACGAUCGAUAUCGUCUUCCUUCUUCUCCCCGACAUUAUAGUCGGUCGUUAUCAAGAGAACGACGUUGACUGCUGACGCUUAUUUAACUUGUUCAUUGUUUUUAUUGGUUUAUACAUAUAUAUCAUGAAUCUAUCAUCUAACUAAGCCUUUUGCUUUUCUUAUCAGCUAAUAUCCUGCCGAUAUGGAUUGCCUGUAUGCUAUGCUGAUACAUGGGAGAUUGCUGUUGUUCGCAGUGUCAGGCGAGACAGUUUUGAUCAGUUAGCUGUUUGCAGAUUUUUAACUCGGAGUUUAGCUGUUAAUCUGGAAACAUAGUUGUGCUGGUGUGCAGUUAAAUCUUUCCGGCAAAGCGGCUGUCUGAUGGUGAGACUAGCAGGUUUUGCUGUGGUGCUGUAGCUGUUCACACAUUGUGUUAUGGGGAUUAGUCGGUGUAGGUCUAAAGGUUGCUCUACAGAGUAACCAAGAUAGCCAAUUCUCAAAGCGUGAACAGAAUUUGCUUGCGGACAUUUGGCGUUGACAACCAAGGUUGUUCAUGCUGGUGGGUGUGUGAGCUGUGGGGGUGGUUACAUGACUGCAGCAGGAUUGCCGAAAAGUGGUGGUUCUAACCCCGUUCUUCGGGCCUAGAUUCUGGUUAUCCUGAUGCGUACGACGAUCGGUUACUCCGCGACGUAAUGGACGGCGUUCUCGUUCUUUCUCGUCUGGUCGUGACAGGCGGUCACCACGUAGAAUGAACGAUCGAUAUCGUCUUCCUUCUUCUCCCCGACAUUAUAGUCGGUCGUUAUCAAGAGAACGACGUUGACUGCUGACGCUUAUUUAACUUGUUCAUUGUUUUUAUUGGUUUAUACAUAUAUAUCAUGAAUCUAUCAUCUAACUAAGCCUUUUGCUUUUCUUAUCAGCUAAUAUCCUGCCGAUAUGGAUUGCCUGUAUGCUAUGCUGAUACAUGGGAGAUUGCUGUUGUUCGCAGUGUCAGGCGAGACAGUUUUGAUCAGUUAGCUGUUUGCAGAUUUUUAACUCGGAGUUUAGCUGUUAAUCUGGAAACAUAGUUGUGCUGGUGUGCAGUUAAAUCUUUCCGGCAAAGCGGCUGUCUGAUGGUGAGACUAGCAGGUUUUGCUGUGGUGCUGUAGCUGUUCACACAUUGUGUUAUGGGGAUUAGUCGGUGUAGGUCUAAAGGUUGCUCUACAGAGUAACCAAGAUAGCCAAUUCUCAAAGCGUGAACAGAAUUUGCUUGCGGACAUUUGGCGUUGACAACCAAGGUUGUUCAUGCUGGUGGGUGUGUGAGCUGUGGGGGUGGUUACAUGACUGCAGCAGGAUUGCCGAAAAGUGGUGGUUCUAACCCCGUUCUUCGGGCCUAGAUUCUGGUUAUCCUGAUGCGUACGGUAAGCCACUGGAGUAAUUGAUAAAACAUUUUCCAAAAUAUAUAACAGAUAACCGUAUUAUGAAGUGUCCGAAGAAUUUGCGCCUUCGGUAAGGCAUUUAACGUCUGCCUUCUAUUGUGCGUUGGGUAUGUAACGUAUUGUAUUGUAUCGUAUUAGUCGUCGUGAUUCCAAUGCAAUGUUUUGACAAUGCGCUGAACAUGGUCGUUUCAGUGUUGUAAGUAUAUAUCAACCGAUAAGUUGCGGGCUCUAACCCCACCUCACCUACCUCGGUUUGGGGAAUUCGGUUAGUAUCAUUAGCUUUCAUAUAAACAGUGCGACUCAAAGUCGAGUUUAUAAGCCUGUGCUUAAUAAAUGGUUUACACUACAUACUUCAUAUGCUUAGUUUAAGGAGGUCUUCGUGUGUUUGAUGGCUUAUCCAGCAGCCUGAUAGUAUGCUUUAUGUAUUUAAAUGUUGAUGCUCAUUAGUUUCUUAGUCUAAAUUUAACGGAAUUUUAUGCGAACUGGCUUGAACAUCGAUAAAGACGGUGGGAUAUAUCUAUUUUGGAAGUGUGUAAAUGCUAUAUUCCAUCGAAUAAAGAUCAGACUGGAGUUUGUGUACGAGGACAGUUUGUUGUAGGUCACCAACAAAGAACAGGUGCUUAGCACAGUGUUUCUUGACUGAUGUGUCAGUUUCAAGUUCGGGUGUUGACUGUGAGGUGAUCUCUUCAGGAUAAAUUGUCAAAUGGGUUUCCAGCACUGAACGUAACGAAGUAUAAUAGAUAUAUACAGAUUGCAUGUAUAAAUGUCGAGACAAGUCAGUGAUCACAAUGGUGCAUUGGGUAGGGUCUAUUGUGUUGGGAUAAAUUGGUUGUUUCGACGAUACACAUCGGUAUUAAGUGUCGAUUGGAAAGAUAGAUGGUGUCUAGAAGGUUUACUUUUGUUCAUCUUUUAUUUGUCGUCAAUGUUUCUAUUACGCAGUUGCAGCACCAGUCGCCUACGUAUGAAGUAGUAUACUGCGCAAAAUUGUUUCCCGGCUACUAGGGUUUCCAUUGUUUGUGUUCUAUGUGAUAUCUUUGGUUUGGUAAGUGUAAGCUUGACUCACGUAGCCGGAUUGUGUAGUCGUGUACUGGUUGCGAACAGUUUUGUUAGAUUUAGAAAUGUGGUUAGAAUUCAUCUCGCAUUCUAUUAGAGCCUGACUCUGGUCGGGUGUCAGAAGGAUGCUACAUUAAACGGAGGGUAUUUGUGGAGGCGAUUUUGCUUCCUGAAUAGCUCCUACAUUGUUUGUUCCCUAUAGGGUGUUGUGUGGAGUGUGUGUAUGAUUCUAGUUUCGGUCAGUGCUAGAUUAAAAUAAACAAUAGUCAUUGACGUUUCCCAUCCUAGAGUUUUUGCAGUAGCAUGUACUUAUGUUUAUUACGAGUCUCUGUAAACCUGGUUGGAGAUUGGUAUUGCAUUUUCAUAGUACCAGGACAUUGUUCUGGUCUCCCAAAAUGCUAUAUUGAAGUAGACGGUCGCUAAUGGUAUUCACGUGCCUCUAGUACCGUUUCUACAAUUGUUUCCCAUACAAAUUGAUUUGAUUGAUUGGGGAUUGUUCUUCUGAGUUCAAUCAGUUUAUGGGAUUUACUCACCCUAAAUUGUGCAGAGUGUGAUUCGAUAAUGUUGCUUGCAUAUGAGUGCCAGUUGUUACAAUGACAUGGAAGUGGGGUGUGACUGACUGCUGCAAUGUUAAGUGUAUUGCGCCUAAAGUGUAAUGAGGUGUCUAUGGUGUUAUAUGUGAUCUGAUUGGGCGUUUGCCUGUCAAAUGUUGCUGAACAAAUUGGUGUUUGAUAGCCGCAAGUGAUGUGGACGAUGUCUAAUAUUGUUUAGUUUAGCAUUGAGUGGUUCUAUCUAACCCGGUGUUAUUCUAUGGGGAUGUGCUCAGGUCGAUUGUAGUUAGGUGUGGUCAUUAGUGUAGUCACCGAUAGGGUUAGGUGGAUAAUGAAUAUGUCAGACGGUUUGUGUAUAUGAACCGAAGUGCUGUUAGAUUAAUGAAGGCAGGUAUGUAUGUGUUUAAAAUUUUGUUUUUGAUUGUGCUGCAAGAGAAGUGUUAGAUUUUCGCAAGAAUUAGCAUUGUGCGUUCAUGUGUUUCACGUUGAUCAGGAAUUGUUUUGUUGGUGUAUAAGUCGGCGAAUUCGACACGAGAUCGUGAAUAGAAGGAGGGAGUGGGGAAAAUUAUGUGUUUGUCCUACCGACUGUUAGUUUGAGUGAUUGUGUCAACCACUUGUAAGUAUCGUGCAGUUUUCACUCGGGUUCAAUGUAGUAGAGUGAUGUUAGUUGGUUGUAAGUUUCUACUGAGUCAUAUGGUCGUUCAUUUGUUGGGAAUUAACCUUCUUUCAUCCAAGUGGGUGUCUGUGCAGAUUUGAUUAUGUGUAUGUUGCUCGCAUUAUUUAUUUGUAACACGUAACGUGUUUGGUACAAUUGAGUGCUAGGAAACGCACCAGAUGAUACGAAGUGAAGAUAGGUGUUCAAAGAGACAAAAUGGCUGGGGAAGUCCUGUAGUCACGACGAGAAUGAGGACUUUAAGAGAUACAGUUCAAGUUUCGGAGGAACGUCAAAUAGGACUACCGAAUAAUCACCACCGGUUUUUCUUCUGAGUCAUAUUCAGUGACGUCUCACUGCACUGAGUUGUACGAUUGGUAGGAGGAGGACCGUCGUUGAGGAGUGAUGGUUGAAUUGCGUUGUGGCCGCGGUUGGGACUUAGUUAGGUUUUGAUGAUGUAUAGAGAAACUGCGCCGGUGUUUUUACAAUUGGUGAGAUAAUGAAAUAAUGUAUUGUUGUGUUUGUGUAGUAAACAGAGUUAACAGUUGGUGCCCCACAGUAUUGGUGGUGACAUGUUGUUUGUGCUCAGCUGAUGAAUUGAUAACUGGUUGUCAUGCAUUUUGUGUUUCAAGUGGGUAUCAUGCCUUUCGGAUUUGUGCAACGUGUUAUUCUUUUUAAGGGUACAAUUGUUAAAUGUUAGACUUCGAUUAAUGAGGCUGCUAUUUUUUUACGUCAAGACAGUUUGAUUGAGCAAUGAAUUUGUGAGCGGAUACCAUAUAAGUAGUAAUAGAAGAAGCAUGGUAAGCGGGCGUUGACGGGAAAGUGGGAAAAUACAGGAGAAGUUUUUAUUCAGUGGUGUGAAUGGAUGUGGCAUGAAAUCAUUUAUGGACUUUGGUCUGUUGAAUUUAUGUCCGCUUAACGAAGCGUCACGGAAGUGAUAUUGGAUUUCGCAGGAAUCUUCUGGUGGCUCUUGAGGGGAGCGCGUUAUAUCUCGUAAGAGUUGCCGUUGCGCGCCUGUGAGGAGGCGAAUCGAUGUGGAACUAUGAAGAAUGGCCAGUGUGUAGUGCUGUAACAGGAACUGGAGUAUACACGUAUAUGUAGUAGAACCAAAUGAUAAAGAUGUUUAGUGAAUGGCAUCUGACGAAGGCUGGUUAACAAGCCUAGUGCUUCAGUGAUGCCAAAAUGAACGUAGCAAUCACUGGCGGUGUGCAUCGCAUCCCGUUAAAAUUGCUUCUACAUAUUGAAACAUGAUUCUUCUUGUGCAUUCCGCUAGAGCCUGACUGUAGUCAGGUGUUUUAGGAAUGCUAUAUUGAAAGGAUUGAUUUGUUGGCAAAACUACUGUCUACUGUGAAUCUCUCCUACAAAGUUGCAGAUUCAGAUGUUAGAUUUUUGUGCAUUUUCAUAGUACCAGGAUAUCGUUCUGGUCUCCCAAAAAUGCUAUAUUGAAGUAGACGGUCGCUAAUGGUAUUCACGUGCCUCUAGUACCGUUUCUACAAUUGUUUUCCAUACAAAUUGAUUUGAUUAAUUAGGGAUUGUUCGUUUGGGUUUGACCAUGUGAUUGCCUGACAUUUGGACAGCCCAUAUAGAUGAGAUAACAAAUAGAAAGCGUUGUGGAUGAGAAGUAUACUAUUAGGAUUUAGCCUACUAUGAGUAACGAUUAUGUAGUAUUUGCGUGUUAUAUGCAAACCAAUCUUAUGUGGAUGCUUGUUAGUCUGUAUGAAGAAUUUCCCGACAGUGAAGUUUUUAUAUGUUUAGUGUACUGUGUGCAUUGAGUAUUGUGUUUUACUUGGUAAUAAGUGUAGGUAUAGCUAGUUAAUUAUUCUCUCUAUAUUCCAAUUUAUCUUGUUAUAUUUGUUCUACUUCUCUCUUUAAUUAUUGGUGUCCGCUUGCAUGCAUCAUUUAUCACUAUUUUUGUGUAACUGUAUUCUCGCAAAUGAGUUCACUUUUAACUUUUCAGACGAUCGGUUACUCCGCGACGUAAUGGACGGCGUUCUCGUUCUUUCUCGUCUGGUCGUGACAGGCGGUCACCACGUAGAAUGAACGAUCGAUAUCGUCUUCCUUCUUCUCCCCGACAUUAUAGUCGGUCGUUAUCAAGAGAACGACGUUGACUGCUGACGCUUAUUUAACUUGUUCAUUGUUUUUAUUGGUUUAUACAUAUAUAUCAUGAAUCUAUCAUCU